GCUCUCCCGACCAUUCAGGCUUCGAGUUCUCUCAAGUGGUUUCCCCCUCCCCUCCAUGGGCACGUGAUGAGAUCGAAAAGGCGGGAAAACCUUCAUUUCCUUCACUUUCCCCAAGGGCAACCUUCCAGAUUCAGUUUUGUUCUAAUGACAAAAAGACAACUACAGGAUGAGAAAAAUGACUUCAAUCUUGCGGGACCUUUCAGACCAUGACAUGGUGCACUUCUUCAUACAACCUCAGAUUGUUGCUAGAACACUAGCAGGGGUGUUCUCUCUGGUCAUAUUUGCCUCCUUGGUGACUGAAGGAUAUCAAAACUUGACAACCUCUUCCCAGCUACAUUGUAUUUUUAAUGAUAAUGGGGCAGCCUGCUGCUAUGGCAUCACAGUCGGCGUACUUUCUUUUCUCCAGUGUUUCCUCUUUUUGGGCUGUGAUGUCUAUGAUACUUGCAUUACUAAUCACAAGUUCAAGUAUGCUAUUCUUAUAUUGGAUGUUACUUUCUCUAUGACAUGGACAUGCCUGUGGUUUAUUGGAUUCUGUAUCCUAGCCAAUCAGUGGAACCGGUCAACUCACUCCUACCUGCUGGGAACUAGUGCUGCACGGGCUAGCAUUGCCUUUGCCUUUCUUUCUGUUCCAUGCUGGGGAUAUCUAGCCUAUCUGGCUGUGAAAAACCUGUGGGCUGAGCCACCUGUGCCUUAUAAGCGGACGCUGGAUGAAGGAUCUGUUGCUCUGACCACCCUUUCUACAUCCACCACCACUUCUCUUCCCAAUAAUAUGGGGUUCCCUGAAAACAUGGGUGCCGCUUCCUACCCAUCCACGCCUGUACCCCAUCGACUAACUUUAAUGAAUACUGAUGACUAAGCAGUUAUUUGUUCCUGUAGUAAAUAAACAUUUUACUAAAAAAACAAAACCCAAAAUGUCUGAAGUUGGUUUUACUGAAGCGAAGCAAAAAUAAAGAUGGAUGGACAAGGAAUUUG